AUGGCUCCUCCCGUCGAGAACGGUGUCAACGUUUCAGUCGCCAACGGGGCAAACGGCGCCAACGGCUCUCAGAAGAGGCCUAUCUACGUCGCAGGUUGCUCCGGAGGUGUGUAUGAUAGAAAACGAGCCAUCGAAGACAUGGCGAAGAACGAACCGCAUGUCGACGUGAUUACCGGUGAUUGGAUGUCAGAAUGCAACAUGACCCUCCGAGGAUCAGACAAGCGGGACAAGCUCGCAAAGAAGCAACUUUCGGCCGUCGGUGCUGCCUACGAGCCAUACUUCCUUGAGGAAGUCGACCCCGCCAUUCCAUGGCUUGCGAAGAACAAGACGAAGAUUUGCGUAAACGCAGGCGCAAGUGAUGUUGAGGGUCUAGCCAACGAGGUGAAAAAGCUGGUCGCUAAGCACGGUGUGGAUCUCAAGGUGGCAUUUGUCGAUGGUGAUGAUUGCACGGAUGCUGUCUUGGAAUUAUACCGCAAGGGCGAGAAUUUCCCCAAUCUCCCGGCCGGCAAGAACAUCCAAGACUGGCCCUUUGAGCCGAUAUGCGCUCAAUGCUAUCUCGGUGCCACGGGUAUUGCAACUUGCUUUGCCGCUGGUGCGGAUAUUGUUGUCUGUGGUCGCGUGGCCGAUGCUUCUCCUACCGUUGGUGCCGCAAUGUGGUGGCAUGGUUGGACGCGUGAAAAAAACAUCCAGGAAGUCGCUUCAGCGCUGAUGGUUGGCCACGUGAUUGAAUGCUCGACAUAUGCUACGGGAGGUUAUUACAGUGGUUUCAAGGAUCUUGGUGUUAAGGACACUGACAUGGGCUAUCCUAUUGCUGCCAUCGAGGCAAACGGUGAGGCAGUGUAUACCAUGGAGAAGGGCAAACACGGCUUGGUAAACAUUCAGACUAUCGCUAGUCAGCUUCUCUACGAGAUUCAGGGAUCUUACUACUACAACUCCGAUGUCACCGCCCAGAUCGAGAAUGUAAAGCUCGAGCAAGUUGGUGAGAACGCUGUGCGAAUGUCCGGUAUCAAGGGCCUUCCUGCUCCUCCAACAACCAAGGUGGGAAUCACAGCAAAGGGUGGUUAUCAGGCGGAGUUCCACUUCUAUCUCACUGGCCUGGAUAUCGAGGAGAAAGCCAAGAUGAUAGAGAGGCAGACACUUGCGGCGAUGGGCGACUAUGCCAAGGAGUUCACCUGCCUGAAGUUCCAAAUUGCCGGAGCUGUCCCCGAAGACCCGCAGUCGCAAAACGAGGCUACAGUUGACUUGAGAAUUUUUGCCCAGACCCAGAAUGCUGAUAUGCUUUCUGCUGGUGCCAUGAUCGACUCCGACCGCGGCUCGUUUGCGCGCUUUUGUAUUGAAAACCUGUUGCAAGGCUACCCUGGAUCUACCAUGGCGCCCGACAUGCGUACCGCGAUGGGCAGACCUUUCUUCGAAUACUGGGUCAGCCUGAUGCCCCAGGAAUUUGUCAAGGAGCAGGCUCACCUACCAGACGGCACUGUGGUCGACAUCCCGUCUCCAACAGUGACGCAGGAGUAUGACUUCAACCAGCCCUCGUACAACACCCAAAAUCCUGUCGAUCUGUCCUCAUUUGGACCCACGACUCGCGCGCCGCUCGGUUACGUGGUGAUGGGCCGCUCGGGGGACAAAUCAUCCAACUGCAACCUUGGUCUCUUCGUUCGUCACGAAGACGAGUACGAUUGGCUGCGCACGCUCCUCAGUAUUGAGAAAAUUCGCGAGCUUCUUGGAAAGGAUGACUCAGGCAAGAACAUUGACCGUUGUGAGAUGCCCAAUAUUUACGCUGUACAUUUCUUACUCCGAGACCACCUUGACCGCGGAUUCAACGCCACAAGUGGAUUCGACAGCUUGGGUAAGAACCUCUGCGAGUACAUCAGGUGUAGAUAUGUGGAUAUUCCCAACAAGUUCUUGGAGCGUGGUCGCGUUUGA